ACGAUCUAUCGUUUUCGACCGAAAAUCGCGAUCUCUGGCAACGCGAUUUUGGGAUCGUCAAAGCUGCGGUUUUUCUUGGAGCAUAAUAACAGCAUAGGCCUAAUAAUUUCGCCAUUCUCAUGCAUGCUCAGUGCGCGGUGUAGAAAGGCUGUGUCAGCUACCAAUCAGAAAGCUGCAGGCUGCGCGUGACCAGAUGACGUUUACUCCACUCCAAUCAGUGUAGCUGGCAUUCACUUCAAGAUGGCUGAAGCGGGAGAAGAGGAACUUCAUGAGGAGGAGCCGGCGAAAUUAUUGCCAAAGAAAAACAGCACAUCAGUCAUUUGGGAGUAUUUUGGAUUCAAGGCCACUGAUCAACACCAGAAAGAGGUGAUUUGCCAAACAUGUCGUGGAAAAGUGGCUACAUCGGCUGGCAAUACCACAAAUUUACAUCGCCAUUUGAGAGUUCACCACCUUAACUUGUAUGAGGAGUGCAUGGCGAAAAAACCUCGUGAAACAUCAAGUAGCAGCGAUGCUUCGACAAAACAGUCUACAAUUGCAUCUUCCUUUGCCAGUGUGACGCCUUAUGAAAGAACUAGCCGAAGACACAAGGACAUUACCACUGCCGUAACGAAUUACAUAUCGAAGGACAUGGUGUCCGUGAACACGGUCACCAAAGACACAUUUAAAAGUUUGCUACGCACGAUGGACAAGAGGUAUGUUCUGCCCUCCCGCACCUACUUUAACCAAGUCGCCAUCCCACAUCUGUACGGAGAAUGCAAGGCCAAAGUUACAAGUGAGCUGGAAAACAUGGAGUUUUACGCGUCAACUACGGACCUCUGGUCAAGCAGAACAACCGAGCCAUACAUGAGUUUGACGGUGCAUUUCGUGAACGAAAACUUCGAGCUGUGUAGUCGUUGCCUGCAGACAACGUACUUCCCCACUGACCACACCGGUGAGAACAUUGCAGCGGGCCUUAAGGAGUGCUUGGCAAACUGGGGACUAAACGAGGAAGCACAGACCUGCAUUACAACCGACAACGCUACGAAUAUGGUCAAAGCGAUGGAGCUCAACCAGUGGACGAGACUGCAGUGCUUCGGGCACAGACUGCAUCUUGCAAUUGAAAAUGCUGUCAAAGAUGACCAACGCGUCAAACGGGCCACAGGACUGUGCAAGCAGCUGGUAGCCGUUUUCAGCCACAGCUGGAAGAAAAAAGCAGCACUGAAGCAGGCACAGCAAGAGCUGAAUCUUCCUCAGCAGUCACUGGUCACCGAAUGUCCGACACGAUGGGGCUCCCGUCAGAAAAUGAUUGGCAGAGUGUUGGAACAGAGCAAGGCGCUGUGCCAGGUUCUGUCUGAAGACCGGAAGACCCGCCACCUGGUCCCCACCUGGCAAGACACAGAUGUGCUUGAAUCUAUCAACAAUGCCCUUGGACCUCUUCAAGAAUUUACAGACGCCCUCUCAGGUGAGGACUAUGUAAGCGUAUCUUACCUCAAGCCAGUGCUCCACCUCCUGAGAACAGCUACACUUGCUGAAGAUGACGAAGAUACAGAUCUCACAAAGGAGAUCAAAACAAAAGCCCUCCACUACAUUGAAGAGAAAUACAGUGACCCAGUGACCCAGGGGCUCCUGGACAUAACAUCUCUCCUUGAUCCAAGAUUCAAAACCACCUACAUCAGUGAGGAGAAUGUCCAAUUCAUGAAAGACAGAGUGAAGAUGGAAAUGGAACAGGUGGCACAAAAGGAACAGAGGGCUUCUGUCACAACCAAUCCCAUGCCUGUCAGAGCAGAAGAAGAACCACCAUCCACCUCUGCAAAGCAAAAGCGGUCACUGGGCAGCUUUUUCAAGACCAAUGCUGUCCCUGCUUCCUCUACUGCGCAGUUGGAGGAUACCAUUAAAGCAGAACUGGACAACUACCUUAUAACACCUACCAUUGAUGGAGAGCAAAAUCCACUGGACUGGUGGAGAUUGCACAAUGUCAACUUCCCUUGGCUUAGCAAGUUGGCCCAUUCUGAACACGAGACUUCCCCCCCCGAGCCCCCCUCCCCCUUGCGCUUCUGUGAAGCGCAUCUCUCCUACACAACCGCUGCUCAGUGGAUCUCGAAAGCAAACCACGAAGAGGCUGAUACACGUAUCAUCCUGCAUAUGCUGGAAGCAAUUAAUUCUGGUUACGAGAACAUCAUUGUGAAGAGUCGUGACACUGAGGUUCUCCUUCUGCUUCUUCACUUCACAAGGGACCAAGCCUGCAAGGUGUGGAUGAUGAGUGGGACUUCCAAGGAACAUGACAGCUACCCAGUACACAUUAUCAAUGAGAGUCUUCCUCAACAGAUUGUGUAA